AUGGCAACUCUGUAUAUCUAUGUGGCAGUGGCAUGUUUCAAGAAAAUAACUAAGAUAUAUGUGGAGGAGAUCUCUUUUUACACGGAUGGGAGGAAUCAAGUGCUGUGGAUUUGGCUUAUGUCUUUUAGAGAUUUUUCCUGUGUGACACGAUAUGUAGUGAGCAGGAUUGAAGCUAUUUGGAAUAUAUGUAAUGAAACAAAUCUAUAAUAAAUUCUAUCAGAUAUUGCAGUUAUUGAUCACUACUAUCUGAGCAGAAGUGAUGCUGAAGUAUCUUAAAAAUAAUUUGAUCAGAUAAAGGGAGGAGGUAAACUAUUCUAAAACUAAAUCUUCAAAGAAUUCAUCUGGAAAUUUGUUGAUCAUGACUUUUUGAAACUUUCUAAAUAUGAUGAUUGGUUAUGCUGCUUUUGUGAAUUAAAGCACUUUCCUAUCAUAUUUUUACUUGAAACCAUUGAUAGAGAUCAUGAUCAGCUGGAUAUGAAUAAAUUGGUUAAAAACACUUCUGUAGGAAGAAUGAUCUUGUAUAGUAUGCUCAUGCUUAGCUUGGCAUUUACUUAAAAUGAUAAUGAAAUAAUGGGAAUAUUAUUGAUUGACUCCCUUUUCUCUGGGUAAUCUUAUGAUUCCUAUCUACAAAGAGCACUUAAAUAUCUCUAGCAAUAUUUGAAGAAAGAUUGGGAAUUUGUGAGAAAUUCAUAUUUCAUUAAUGAUGAGAAAGUCGCAUAGCUAAUUCACUAUGUCAUUCUAGUGAUCGUUAAAAAGCAGAAUGUUAAUUUGAACAGCUCAUUAUUGAAGAUUCUUAUGACUCAAAUGAUAAGAAAAAGUACUCAAAUUUCUUUAGAAUCAUAUUCGAACAGAAAGAAUUACUAAGAAAGAGACUACAGUCAGAAUAAAAGCAGCAAAGACUAUUUAUAGAGAAUUGAAAAGUAUUAUUAGAAAUUCAAGAAUGCUUGGAACUGCUUAGCUGGACUUAUUAUUAAGGAUUUCCAGAAUGAUAAUGGAGUAGAGGUUGUUGUACCCAUAAUCAAUGAUCAGUCAAAGCUGAUCUUAUGCUGCUUGACUAAGGAUAAGAUUAAUUAACCAGGCGAGGCCACAUCUUCUUUAUAUUACUUAAAUACAUAGCAAUCAAGCAAAAUAAUUGUCUGCAGUUUUAAGAAUAGAUAAGGUAUGCAAGUGGAUUUCAACAUUGAAAUUAUUAAAAGUUCUACCAUUAAGAAACUCUUUAAGGGCAAGUACAUUAAUGAUUUGGAGGAGUAGACUUAGAACCUUAACUUCCAGUUUGUGAAUCUUGGUAACAUGUUUUCUUAGCUUGAUGCCAUCAAAUAGAUAUCUUAAGAGCCCAUAUCGUAUGAUAUUAACUAGAAUAUCAAGGAGUAAAGAAAUAUAGAGAAAAUUCAUGAGUUACUUGGACAAUUGAGAGUCACCAUGAACUUCAUCGAAAGAUCAGAUAACUAGGAUAACGAAAACUUUGGAGAGACAAUUUUGAUUAACUAUAUGAGAUUCUUAAAGAUUUCUACUGAAGAGAGUAUAUUUUAUUAUGAUUUCAAGAUUAAAAAUAUAAUAAGUCUUUAUGAGGCAAUAGAAAAAAGAGUUGAGGACAUUGAGGUCAAGAAAAUACAUUUCAAGUAUUAAGAUAAGCUAAUUGAGUAGUAGAAUAUCUAAAUUUUAAGAUUGAUACUAUAAAUUGAACUUCCUAUAAUUGAGGGGAUGAUGCAUAUUGUUGAGCACAAAGUAGAAAUAAGACAAGCGAAGUGCAUUUAUGACAGAUUUAGACAGCAUUAUUAAAAGUUGCUAGAUGAUAAGAGGGCAUAGUAGACCAAAAUUGACAGAGACAAGAUACGAAACAAUUUAGCAGUAAAAUGCUCUUAUGCAAAGCAUAUUUCCUCAAAUAUAAAAUCAUCCUACUAGGUUUAUGAAGUCUAUCAUGAAUUUUAGACUGCUUUUGUUUAUCUUUCUCAAUCCGCUAAAUCCCCAGAAAUGAAUCUAGGCUUUUACACAGACUAGACAUAUUAGCUUAGGCUCUUAAUGACAAAUAGUUGUUAUAAGAAAUAUAAAUUUUACAUCUAAUUAGUGUUUCGAAUCAUUGGAGAAGAGAUUACUUGA